AGAUAAACCCUACGGCAUACCAAAUGAGUUCUUCAUCUUCCACAUAGUAAACCCUAGCCACCAGUUUCCCUUUCUCCUUCCAAUUCACAGAGCCAUUGAGAGAGAUGGGAAGGUCUCGAAGAAAGUACAAGAGAUCUCGUCCAAAAGUCAAGGUCGGCUUGCCCAAAAGACACCCCAAUGUCUUCAAGCCAUCCUUCUGUAUGCCACCGAAGCUCCGCUCCUUACUCGCCGAACAAUUUGAAGAAGAUCCAACAUGGGAUGACAAAGCAAGGGUCAUUCACAACUAUAAAUCCUUCGGUGUUAUUUCUAAUCCUAAUUUGCUCAGUGUUCGUUCCCGAACUGAUCACAUCGUCGAGAGCGACUCUCUCCAGGUUCCGCCGUCUCAGCCGCCUUCCGAUGAACCGGACUCUGUGCUUGAUUCUUCGGGUAGCGAUGUUGAAGAGGACGAUUUGAAAACAGCAUUAGGAAAGAAGCGCAAAGAUGGGAAAUCUGCACCUCUACAACCAUUGACCACGAUUCAGCGUGUUCAUGUCGGUAGGCUAAUCGAGAAAUAUGGAGAUGAUUAUGAGAGAAUGUUUAUGGAUACGAAGCUGAACUCAAUGCAGCAUUCUGUUGCCACUCUGGAGAAACUAUGCAAAAGAUAUCACAGUUGUUUAGAUAAGAAUCCAUUGAUAUUGAUACGUAAAAAAUGAAUGCUCCCUCAUCUUUCAAAUUGUUUUGUUACAAGAGGUGAAAAUCAUAUAAGGUAUGAUCAUGAAAUCUUAUUGAGCAAUAUUGUUUUGAACCAAAAUGUAUGAGCCUUGCAAGAUGAAUCAUUCUUCUUGCUUGCUGCAGUUCUAUUCCUUUCAAGGAAAUGCUCAUAAUUCUAGUUCAUGUUUA